UGACGGCCAGCUGCAGGAAGUGAUUACUAACCACAUAACCACUCAGCUAUCGUGCCCCACCAAUGUACUUCCGUUAAGUACCAGGGUACUUUGCUGUAGGAAUGAUGUCGUUCCCACAGAGCCCCACCAUAGGUACUUUUCCUAGCCGUCUUCUCGAGUUAUCAGACUUGGCCUGGCCGUCAUCAUUCUUCUACUCGUACAUCCACAUAUCCCCUCGUCCAUGAUCCAAUCACCCGACGGGCGUGCUUUCAAUCUAGCCUUUUAUUCUCCUUCUCGUAGAUAAAUCCGUUCAACUCCCAUGGUCUAGUGGAAUGCCUCCCCGUGGAGCACGUGGCGGCGGCGCGAGAGGAAGAGGAGGAAGAGGAGCUGCGAGAGCUAGCCGGGCGUCAGACACUAUAGGCAGGGCAUCACUCGAUACGGGAACGCCUCUCGCCGGCGCCUCAUUCUCAGCUCAGGAGACUACAAGCGCCGCUGACGCGGCGUUGAAAGAUGCGCCUACACAUGUACCCCCAGCCGAGGAUCCGGUAGUGUCCUCCGAUGCGCAAGGCAGCGAGUCAACCGCCGCGAACUCAAGACGAUCGCAAACACCCGCUGCUGCGCCGCCGCGUGGUGGCAGCCGUUUCAAGCCUAGGAAUGUGCGGCGCGACGCAGCGGAGCGAGCAAUGCUAGAAGAAGCGAGAAAUCGCGACCUAGCCAUCAAAAUCAAGGCCGAGGAGCGGGAGCAGCGAGUGGAAGAACGAAGAGCAAGACGUGGUCGUGGGAGGGGUGACGCGUCCCAGCGUAGAUUUAUCAGACGAACUGUCACAGCCAGCGGCCCAUUUUCUGCUAUACCCGCAGAUCAACUCAAAGCGGGCAGCGGUGGGUUUGGAUGGAGUUCAGGCGGUGGUGGUGGCGCCGGCGGUGGAACUUCAUCCAAGGCCCCUUUCGGCGCUCAGAGCGACAGCUCCAGAUACAAACCUCGACGAGAGCACGAGAGCAGAGUUAACAUGGACCUCCUCAACGGAUUUACGGGCUACGACGAGAACGGCGCGCCCCUUUAUCAACCCUCUCGUUACAGCCAAAAGCCGGCUGGAAGCCUUCCGGUUGGCCUCAUCCGCAUUCAGCACGAAGAGGAGGCAGUCAAAGUCAAGACCACGGCAGAACUUGAAGCCGAAGAACGUCAAUCAUCUGACGUUGACGGCGACGACGAUAGUGAUCUAUUUGUCUCCACCGAAACUAGGGACCUACGCGACGUUAGGAUAGACGACGAUAACGAAGUAUGGCAUGCGGCCCCGAAAAGCCAUAUCACAGUGAAGGCGGAACCGGGUACGGAUCCGGAAUCGAUGGUCGUCGACAUAGCCGACAUCCCCGAAGUAAUAACGCAGCAAAAGGCGCCUCCCUCGCCAGAGGCUAAGAAGAAGCCGAUCCACACCGAGAUCGAGACCGCGGCUGAAAGAAGAAAACGCAAAGACAAGGCCUCUAAGGAUCCCGAGGUCGCGCAUGCUGCCAUCGACUUAGAGGCCCAACUACGUGAACUGAAAUUCUCGGCUCCUGCUAACAAGAACAAUGAGAGUGGGGAGGGAGGAGGAGAAGGGGAAGGGGAAGAAGAGCCACAGUUGGACCAGGAGAAAGACAACCUGUUAUAUCUUUUCCAGCUACCGCCCAUUCUCCCGCCUCUAGCCAAAGCCACACAUGAUGUGAGUGGAGAGACGGAAACCGUAGAUCUCACAUCUCAAGAGAAGGGCAACGAAUCGGCCGGCGUGAAGGUAAAGAUCGAAGAAGGCACCGAACCGACAUGGAAUCCGUUCUCAACUCUCCCGCCUGAGGGCGGGUUCAUCGGCAAGCUUAACGUACGCAAAUCGGGCAGAGUAGAGCUCGACUGGGGAGGCACGAUCCUGAAUCUCGGCAUGGGCGCGGCGACGGAAUUCUUAACUUCGGCCCUCAUGGUUGAGCAGAACAUAAACUUGGAGAACCCUAGUGCGAGCACUGGCUCCGCCUACGGUAUGGGCGAGGUGAUGGGCAAGUACGUCUUGGCUCCGAUUUGGGACGAGGAGAAGGAUUGGGAUCCCAGCCUCGACGAUAUAGACAGCCUAAACCAGUAAUUAUAUGCGUGGUGCUCCGGGCAGACGACGUCGCGAAAAUUCGAUUAGUUUCAUCGCGUUCUACGUUAUCCAGCGAGCAGUCUAGCGCGAGUCACUCGACUUAUUGUCCUCUGUCUGUUUGGAGCGGGAUAGACUAGGCAGAGGAAUGCCUCCCCUUAAAACAAAUAGUACUGUCACCCUGGCGCAUAUA